AUGAAAAGUGAACUGGACUGUUUUCUUCAAGAACAAAUUAUUGCUCCUGAAGAAUCUGUUUACAAGUGGUGGGCCGAUAAUGCAUCUCGCUUUCCAACAAUUGCUAAAGUGGCAAGAAAGUAUCUUGCAAUUCCUGCUACAUCUGUGCCUAGUGAACAGAUUUUCUCCAUGUCUGGUCAAAUAAUGAAUGAACGACGAAACCGACUAAAACCAGAACAUGUGGAACAAUUAGUUUUUUUAUGUCAUAACUUGCGGUUGAACUAA